UUUUAUUAAGCUUGGUUCAAAUCCUUGUGCUUUAAGUAUAUUGUAUUGAUAUCAUUUUAGAAACCACCAUGUUUUUUUGAGGCAUGUAAGGUGCAUAGUAAAUAUAGUGUUUUCAAUAAAAGAAAAUUCUACGAUUACCACGCUUUCUUUUUUUUAAAAAAAAGGAUUACCAUGCUUUCUAAAUUCUAAAUUUGUGCUCCAGUUCCACUCUUCCAAAUGUUACGCACAUGCAUAAAAAGAAACAAUAAACUAUCUCUCACGCCCUUUAUAAAACGAGAACAGAGAAAGAUCCCUUCUCCCCGGUUUAAUACAGGCCGAAAGGCACCACUCCAACUGCCCUUGGCGAGCCUCCCUCCUUCCCACUAACCACACGACCACACCUCACCCCUCAAGGCCUCAACGCCUACCAAACUAGCACAGCCUCUCCAUAACUGCUGCUCCACCUCCUGCUCCCCGGAGGGAGGGAGCCGCCAUUCUCCGUCGAUCUCCUCCACGCUCCGGCGCUGCCUCGCCCGCCCAUGGCCGCCGCCUCGGGCUCCAACCCGGACAGCAUGGACACCGACCCUCCCGGCGGCCUCUCCAUCGCCGUCGAGCGCAACCCGCCGGAGUCCCGCCUGCUCCAGCUCGGCGUCAGGACCUGGCCCAAGUGGGGUUGCCCGACGGGGAAGUUCCCGGUGAAGUUCGACGCGCGGCAGACGUGCUACCUGCUCAAGGGCAAGGUGCGGGCGCACAUCAAGGGGUCGUCGGAGUGCGUGGAGUUCGGCGCCGGCGAUCUCGUCGUCUUCCCCAAGGGGCUCAGCUGCACCUGGGACGUCGUCGCCGCCGUCGACAAGUACUACAAGUUCGACUCGUCCUGACUCCAUCAGCCCGCUCGCGCGCGAGUUCCCGCUGAUUGAUGAUCCGCCGAUUGAUUGCUGGGCUGUGCCCUAGCUUAAUUGCGUUGAUUUAGCCUAAUUCUGCUGCUAAUUUUGCUUACCUAGCUCUGUGCCUAGUGCCUCUAAUCGUCUCCUGUGUCGUGUAAAAAAUUAAAAUGGAAUGGGUGUGCAGUGCAGUGCAGGGCAUCUAGCCCUCUGUCGUACUAGGCCAGUGGUUAUUCAUCCAUCCGGGAACUGCAGAAAAACCGGUCAAUGCAGGGCCUGUUCAAAGUAUUCUUGUUUAUUCCUCCGAGUGCAAUCCAUUUUGAAUGCUUCUUUGACCA